CCCAGAGGUCUUAUUAUAUUCACGAUGUGAAGUCAUACAGAAAUUUUCCAUGUACAAAGAAUUUUCUUCGCCUCUUAACGAGCAUUGUUUUGUGGACUGAUCUGCACAAGUAAGAGCACAGCUGGGAUGGAAGAGACUGAUCUGCUGAAAGAAAGGCUACAAGCUAUCACGGACAAGAGGAAAAUACAAGAGAAAAUUACCAGACAAAGAUUUGAAGUGGAUGAGGAGAAACUGAAGCUUAAGCACUUAAAGUCAAAGAGUUUGCGAGAAAGAUGGCUCUUGGAGGGAGUAACCACCAUCUAUCCUCAAGAAGAAGAGGCAAUGAAGAAGCAGCACCAAGAAGAUCAGCUUCAAUCAAAGAAACUGGAGCAAAAUAUUUUCAGACUUGAAGAAGAAAUUAAAUCUCUUGAAAACCAAGAAGCCCAAGUUUCACUUAAUGAACAAAUAUUAUUGAAGAAAUUGAAAGCAGCAGAAAGAUCUACAGCAGAUAUAAUAAAGGCAGCACAGGCUGAGAUUUAUGAAGACCAAACAAAGUUUGUAAAUACAGAAAUUCCAGACCUACCAAAAUCAUAUGAAUCUCAGGACCAACAGAGAAUACCAAGUUCAGAAACUGAAACACAGGAUGUUGAGGAGCCUAAAGAAGCAUUAUUUGCUGUGGAAAUCAAUGUUCAAAAGGAUAUGAAGACUGGAGAAAGUACCAUUCUAUCAACUGUACCAGUGAUGAUCAAUGAAAUCAAAAACAAAGGUGUUAAAGUCUAUGAAGAUGGAGUCAAGUCUGUGUAUGCAUUAUGCAAUGAUGGAGGCCUGGUGCAGAAUGGCAUAGAUAACAUGACACAUGAUGAGGUGGAGGCAUUGUUACAGCAGGCUGGUGAAAAACAAGCCAAUGUUUCUGCAGUAUGUCAUGCACCUGUUUACUCAAGUUCCCACAUUAAACUCCAAUCUCAUAAAAUGCUACCCAAUGAGCAGAUGGAAUCUGAAUCAAUAAUUCCAGAUGAUAUGACAAUAAGUGAAAGAGUUGAGAGGCAUAACCCUGUAAUGGCUCAAACAUUUGGAAGCAACAACACUACAGUGUAUCAGGAAAGGAAUUUGGCUGUUUCACCACAGCAAUCAUUUACACCUGCUCCCUUCUCACCAGUAACCAGUUCCAGAUCUCUGAACUUGACACAAAGUCUGAGUCAGCAACAUAUUGAGUCACCAUUAACUGAAAGUGAGCUGAAUUUAGUUCAAGUUCAAUGCCAUCAAGGAAGGGAUAAUCACCGUGAAGCUGUGUUUAUCAGUUCAGAGCUCGAUCAUGAUGGUGGAUCAUCUUCCACUUCCGAAGAAACAGUUGUUAGUUUGAAUGUCGUCCAUUCAUUGCCUUCCACUAUUAACACUGAGGAGCCGGUUACCAUGGUCUUCAUGGGAUACCACAAUGUAGAUGAUGAAAAUGAAACCAAAAAGGUUUUGGGGUACGAAGGAGCUAUCCGAGCAGAAUUGGUUAUGAUCAGUGAUGACGACGAUACUGAGGUAUCAUCACAUCAAGCAAAUAAUCAGACUAUUCCAGUACUUCAUCCAGCUCCACUUUCAACUACUGAUGAAGUACAUAAAACAUAUGCUGAAAUAAACCUAACUCCAGGUGGUAGCUCAGUCCCAAAGAAACCUGCUUUAAUUUCAAGCCAAGAGACAACAACAAAUCAUUCUCCUUACAUCAGUUACUCAGAUGGACAUAUGGAUGGAGUUGGAAACUAUGAUGACGACUCUGUGUCAGGACAAUCCCACCAUCCCAGGAACAAGCUGGAUGAAACUUUGUUGUACUCCUUGCAUGGGCAAGCUUUCCUCAGAUAAGCCUUAAGAUCUAAAAUGACCAGGCUAGGUAAAAAGGUGAUGAUGUGAAGUGGAGGCUUCGAUCCAACAGUAACUUGACCACUAAUUCUACCUGGAACAUUGGGAAGUAACGUGACCUGUUAAAUACAGGUUGAAAUUACCCUCCAAAUCAUCUAUGACUCAACUACAGAAUUCAAACAAUAUGUUGUAUCCAUUGCAUUUGUAUAACCUAUUACUUACCUCAAUUUAAUUGAGUUAUCCAAUUAUUUGUACUCUAUAUUGCUUGUGGAAAACAGUAUUAGGCUCAAAUACCUGUUGCAAGCUUGUUGUAAAAAGGGACGUGAAGCUAAUUCACCAACAAAGUGGCUCAGUGGUUGGCAUUGCUGCCUCACAGUUCCAGGAUUCUCGGUUUGAUUCCACCCUUGGGCACUUUGUGGAAUUUAUACACUUUCCCCAUAUCUGCGUGGGGUUCCUCCGAGUGCUCUGAUUUCCUUCCGAAGUGUGCAGGAUAGGUGGAUUGGCUAAGCUAAAUUGCUCAUAGUGUCCAGGGAUGUGUAGGUUAGGUGAAUUGCCAUGCAAAAUGGAGGGCAAAAGGUUGGGAUGGGGGGGAUGGUUCUGGAUGGGAUGCUCUUCGGAUGGUUAGUGUGGACUUGGCGGACCAACUGGCCUGCUUCCAUACUGUAGGAAUUCUAUGAUUCUAUGACAUGCAUCAGCAAUAUUAAA